CUGUCCAAUCAAAUAGCUUUGAGUUUCUAGUUACUUGAGGAAGUGUUGCUAUGGACCUCAUAGGUUACUUCAACAAAGUUUUCGCCCUGGAUGCUUCACAGUGGACACAUAGCCUUAUUGGGGGGGGGGGGUAUCGUCUUCAGAGAGGUAACAGCUGAUGUUAAAUAUUAUUUGUUUGUUUUAGGAGGAAAGUGCAUGUGAAAGAAUGCAGGUUCAGUCGGUGCCCCUCGGCUCUGUCACCAUCGGACCGCAGUCUUGGCGCGAUGAGACGGUCCGCUCGAUCCGGCGGGCGGAGCGCCUGGUACGGCAGACUUGGGCCGGGCGGUCCGGGACUUGCAGCCGGCCCCAGAGCUGCAGCGCCGCCGCCGGUUUCACCCCAAAGCGCACAGACAGCACAGCGGAAACAACCGAAGAUAAGAUCACAGGGGCGGAAUGCGGAGAGAGUCGUGACUUAAUCUGCAAAAAUAAGAUGUCGAGGCCCCAAACAGCAGGAGCGAUGUUCCAGAGUGGCUCCCAGAGGACAUCUGUGGCCCCGUUCCCGCCUACCAGCUUGCGUGAGCAGUGUGCCGGGGCAAGUGUUGCCGUGGCCAGUGAGUACAUGUGGAGGGUGCGGGAGGUGGAGGGCCAGCUGCGCAGGCAGGCCGGCAGGGUGACCCAGGAGGGUAUCAAGCUGGAGAGGGAGAGGGGUCACCUGGAGAGGAUGCUGCGCAGCCUCAGGACUGAUCUGACUGUCAACAGGAGGAGCUCGGAGGGGAGGACCAGGAGGCCAGCCAUUGCUGAGACGGAGAGAGAUGGAGCUGAUUACUUGUUGUUGUGUGAGAAAAGAGAGCUGGCCAAGUUGAAACAGGAUCUGGAGGGAGCGCUGAGGAACACACUGACCCAGCUUCAGGCCCUGGGUCAGAGCAGCAGGCACCUGCUGGACUGUGCCGGUGAGCGGGCUCGUGUCAUGGAGCUGCUGCCUCACAGCGGCUCUGCUGGAGGACACGGCAGCGCUGCUCAGAACUUCAACAAAGCAGACCCCAUCAGCCCCUUUACACCAGAAUGUAAACAGGUUUUAGAGUCGUCCACUUUGACAGUCAAUCAGUCACAGCUACUGAGGGAAAACAUCAGACAGAUGCUAAACAGUGCCAUCACCAGGCAGAAAGAUGUUCACCGCACCGUCAAUGAUGGCCUGGUGAAGAAAAUUGCAGAGACAAUCAGUCUGCAGCAAAACCUGACUUUGAUGUCUGCAGCCACCAGACAGGCCAUGUUUCGCAAGCAGAGGGAAAUUAACUGUAUUCGUCACAGCCACGACAGAGUGCAGGGUCCAGAGUACAGAGGUGACAUACUGUCCAGAGAGAAGCUCAACAGGCCUCUGGUGCAGGUUUACCACAGACACCCAGGGACACAGCUACCUGAGGCUGCUCAUCUCAUACAGGGCAGUGCAGUGCUGAGGCGAUGUCUAAUGUCAUCGGAGGGUGAGCUGGCUGGGCUGCAGCGCGCCUGUCUGCAGCUGCUGGACGACCAGCACGGCAAGAGAGUGGCAGCUCAGGUGGACGCAGCUGUCAUCCGCAUGAGGCGUCAGCAGGUCGACAAGCGAGCCAUGCCUUCUGUCCUCCAGCAGGGGUCGUGCAGAAGCCAAAUCCCCCUGUCUUGUAUUCAGUAGGGCUGCAGCAAACAUGCAAGUAGAGAGAGAGAUAACUCAAAGUGUGUUGUGAGAAUAGGGCCGUGUGCAAGAUGUACUAGUUCAAGAUUAGUAAAAUGGGAUAAGAGUAACAGUAUAUGGCCAAGAGUAUAUGGACACCCCUGUUAACAUAUUCUUGUGUAGUUUUAGGCUAGGCCAUUCGGUUUUCAAAAUCCCCCAUGCACAAGGUCAAGUCCAUAAAAAAUGGCCCGCACAGAGCUCUGAACUCCACCCUAUCCAACACAUUUGGAAUGAGUUGGAAUAGGCCUGUGUUGGACCUUUCUUUUGCUCUUGUGGCCGAAUGGGCAAAUCCCUGCAACCAGGUUCCAAAAUCUAGUGGAAAGCCUUCCCAGAAGAGUGAAGGCUGUUAUAGCAGUAGAUAAAUGCCCAUGGUUUCAGAAUGAAAUCUGCAACCACCACAUUUGGGUGUAAUUCUCAGGUGUCCCCAUACAUUUGCCCAAAUGGUGUAUGUUCCUGCACUGUGCUGCACAAAUGGAGUUGGACAUGUUCUCUUAUUUCCCUUUGUGCAGUAACAUUUCAAACACUGAAAUGUAAUUGAAGUUGAAGUGUUACAAGUUACAAAACAAUGUGUGAGACUCUACUGUUGACAACGUUACACUUCCUGGUCAGAAAGAAGCAUAACCAAAUUCUGAUGGUUUGUCCCAGGUAACUUAAGAAAGCUGCGGUAAAGUAUUAAAAAAAUCACUUUCAAUGGCCUGUAUUUUCAUUUGACUGAUAUAUCUUUCUGAUGCAGCAGACCCCAGCCAACUGUUAUUUCAGUUAAAAGAAAUAUUGAGAUUUUAUUUGCCGUAAACAUUUCAUUGUGGUCUAAAUCGGUGAUCUUUACUGCAAUAAAACAUGACCAUGGUAGGAACAAUGGCCUUUUAUACAGCUGAAAAUAGAAACAGAAAAAGAGUUUAGUAGUGUCUAAUGUGAUUAUCUUAUCUAACAAGAUUAUCAGAUGUAUCACUGAAAACCAUUUAUUUACUCAAUAAACUAAAGUAUUAGUUUGUUUUAAGAUUUAAACUGAUAAUGCCCAUUUUUGUGAAACAAAGCCGCUUCAAAGACCUGUGAAUUUAGAAUUUUCCAUAAAGUUAAAAACUGUGGCACUGUUCCUACAUCCUGCUCAGAUUUCUAGUCAUGGGACUGCAGGUCACUUGACAGCACUUCUACCAAACUUAACGUCUUUCAUUAAGAAAUAAGACAUGAUUUAAUAAAGCCCUGUUUUACCUUA